AUGGUUGCUGGUGUCGAUCUGAAGGACAUGUCUGAGAUGGUGCUGCGGACGAAGGGCCCUGACAACCUUCCAGCGGGUUAUAAGCUCAACAUGCAUAUCAGUCAAAGCGAUGGAGAGAACAUCAGAGUCCUACGCAAACCAUUCCUCUAAACUGCAACAACUCACUCCAGCGCAGAAACUCUACUUCAAAUACUUGUGAAGGAAUACCCGCUGGUGCUGAGCAGUGACAUUCUGUCCCAUGAGGUGCCGUACCCUGGAGGAGAUUCAGAGAUUAAAUUCUUCGUGGAGGGGAUCAAGUUUUCCGACAAAGACUUCGAUGGACUCAUCAGCAUCAAUUUCAGUCUUCUGGAGCCCAUCUGUGUGGGUUUCCCGGACACACCCAUUUUCACGGACAAAGUUGCUUUUAAAGUGGCACCCUGGAUCAUGACCCCCAACACCCUUAACCCCGAAGAAGUGUUUGUCUGCAGUGUAAGUGAUAACCCAGGCUUUGUGGAAGCACUGACUGCCCUCGCGGAGCGCAGUAAGUGCAAGCUGAAGGUCUGUCCAGAGAUCAUCAACAGAGGAGAUCGCUGGAUACAGGAUGAGAUGGAGCUCGGAUACAUUGAUUCACCUCAUCAACAAUUUCCUGUUGUACUGGAUUCGCCUCGAGACCGAGGACUUAAGGACUUCCCAUUUUUGCUACUGGGCCCUGACUUUGGCUAUGUGACAAGAGUUUCCAAAAAAGAGGGAGUAAACAGUCUGGACUCAUUUGGUAAUCUGGAGGUCAGUCCUCCUGUCACUGUGGGAGGAAAACACUACCCUGGCAGAAUCAUACUUGGAGUGGCCUUUCCAACGGCCAGUAAAGGACGGCACAUGGCCCAAGUGGUUCAAGACUUCCUGUGGGCACAGAAAGUUCAGGCUCCAAUUGCCUUAUUUUCCGACUGGCUCACUGUUGGCCAUGUGGACGAGUUCAUGACCUUCGUUCCUGCGCCUGACAGAAAGGGAUUCCGGCUGCUGCUGGCAAGCCCGGAUGAAGGGUACAAACUAUUUAGAAAACUACAAAAAGAAGGUCACGGAAAAGCCAAACUGUUUGAGGGUCUGGGAAAAGAUGAAGACGGAAAUCCACGAGAGAUUUCAGUGGAUGAGUUAUUGGGUGAUGUAAAUCUCCAAGCUGAAAAUAUGUAUGCACAGAGCUGCAUCGACUGGAACAGGGAUGUUCUGAAGUGUGAGCUGGGCCUGGAUGAAUAUGACAUCAUCGACUUGCCAAUUCUCUUCAAACUGUAUGAGAAGAGCAGCAAAGCAGUGGCCUACUACCCAGACAUGGUGAACAUGAUUGUACUGGGGAAAAACCUCGGCAUCCCGAAGCCGUUUGGCCCCAAGGUGAACGGAGAGUGUGCGCUGGAAACUGAGAUGUCAUCUCUGAUGGGGAAACUGGGUCUCAGCUGCACUUUCAUCGAUGACUUUACCACCUACCACGAAAGGCUGGGAGAUGUUCACUGUGGCUCCAAUGUCCGCAGGACACCCUUUGAAUUCAAGUGGUGGAACCUGGAAAUGUAAAGUGAAUAAUAGAUGAAAUGAUUGAGAAAAUUCAAGGUUUUUGUUUUAAAAAUUCUACAUCUGCCAAGUAUAUAACCAAG